GGGACCGGGGCUGCUCCGGGGGGUCCCGGUGCCCCCCGCUCUCCUCAUGCAGGGCAUGGGGAGCCUCCGGCUGGGCAGCCGCGCCGUCAUGUACACGGCGGAGACCCUGCCCAAGGGCAAGAACCGCGUUAUGGGGACCAUCCAGAUUAUGACGGGAUUCCUGCACAUCGGCUUCGGGAUCGUCCUGACCACGCUCACCAAUGUCUACACCUCUGUCUUCGUCAUCGGAGAGAUCCCUUUCCUGGGCGGCGUGUCGUUCAUCAUCUCCGGGUGCCUCUCCAUCGGCGCCGAGAAGAGCCCCACGGAAUGCGCGGUGAAGGGCAGCCAGACCAUGAACGUCAUCAGUGCCAUCUUUGCCCUCCUGGGAAUCGUGGCCUUCAUUGUGGACCUCAACCUCAACGGGCUCUACCGCUCCAGCUUCAACUACUACAGCUAUCUCGUCCUGCUCGCAGGGAAUGGGAUUUCCAUCGUGCUGCUCAUCUUCACCAUCCUGGAAUUCUGCAUCGCCGUGGCCACCGCCAACUUCUGGUGCCGGGCCACCCGCCUCAGCUCCAACGAGGCCAUGCUGAUCGUCCCCAGUGCCACCCGUGUGGAUCUGGCUAUGCCACCGGCGGAGCUGCCUCAGCCUCCCAGCUACAGCGAGCUGGCUGCUCCUGAAGUCUGACACGGAGGAUGUUGGAAUGGGAUCCUGCCUCCAUCACUCCUAAAUCCCAGGGCUACAGCAUCCUCCUCCCACUGUGCUGCUGGCUGGGAAGUGCUGGUCCCCCCCAAAAGCCAGGGACACCCCCAAAUUCCCUGCCCCUCUGCCCCUGGGCCUGGCCUGAGGGGCUCCACUUGCUGGCUGCUGUGGGAAGGGGCUUCUCCAGGGGGGAAAUCUUGGGCAAUUCCUGCCUGUAAAUCCCUGGUGGGAUGCUGGGGUUCACUCGUGUGGGGGUUCAGGAAUUCCUGGUGGUUUGGAGUGACCCUGAUGUGUGCCGGGAGCCAGGCGGGUCACCGGAGCAUCUACCUCGGCUCGUCCCCUGUUGGCUUCAUCUUCUCUUGGGAAUAAAUGCUCU